CAAGAAAAAGAAGAAGAGAGACCUGACAGCAGACAGGUCUCUGCAGUCUCUGUGUGAAGAGUUGAUUCUGGAAGGUUUCCUCAUCCAACCAAUGAACAUCAAGCUUUCAGACUACAUCGGUGAGUUCAGCUUCGUGGCCUCGACUCUCCGGCAGCUGAACGUUGAACCGACACCGUCUCUCUCCGACAUCCGGCAGCUCGUCGCUCUGUACGCUGUCCUACCGCUUGGCUCCCCUGCUGUCUGGGAGAAGUUCCCGGUGGUGAACACUCUGCUGCUGGCCGGUCCGUCUGGCGUGGGGAAGAAGAUGUUGGUGCACACCAUCUGCAGCGAGACCGGCGCGCACCUGUUCCACCUAAACCCCGCCCACAUAAGCCCCGCCCACCAUAGCCCUGACCACCUAAGCCCCGCCCACCAGAGCCCUGACCACCUAAGCCCUGCCCACUUGCUGCACCGCAUUUUCAAGGUAGCAGGUGAGCUGCAGCCGUCUGUAAUCUGGAUCGAAGAUGCAGAGAAAGUCUUCUGCAAGAAAACUCCAAAAAGUGACAGAAAGUCUGAUCCUCGGAGGUUCAGGAAGGAGCUGCUGAAGUCUCUGAAGUCUCUGGAGCCGCAGGUUCGAGUCCUGGUGAUCGGGACCACGCGCCGGCCGUUUGACGCCGACGUUAAACCGUUCUGUAACGUCUACAAGAAGAUCCUCCUGAUCCCCAAACCGGACUACUCCUCCAGACUGGCGCUGUGGAGGGCUCUGCUGCGAGCCGAGGGGGCGGAGCCAGCUGUGUCUCUGGACCUCAGCUCAUUGGCUAAGAUCUCGGAGGGCUUCAGCGCGGGUCACAUCCUGCAGGCGGUCCGCUCCGUGCUGCAGAAGCUCCGCCUCCGGCCGCUGGUCGCCGCCGAGUUCGUCCAAUCACUGGCCAGGAUGGAGCCGGUCUACAGCGGCGAGGAACACGCCUUCAAG